CCACUUCCGCUCCUGCGCACUAGAGUUCUAGGGAGCCGGUGCUACCUGGCGGAAAUGGCUACUUCCCGGUUACCCCCGGCGACACUGACGUUAAAGCAGUUCAUGAGAAGGCAACAAGUUCUCCUUCUCUACAGAAGGAUUUUGCAAGCAAUUCGCGAAGUUCCAAAUGAUUCUGAUCGCAAAUACCUGAAGGACUGGGCAAGGGAAGAAUUCAAAAGAAAUAAAAGUGCCACUGAAGAGGACACAAUCCGGAUGAUGAUUACUCAAGGCAAUAUGCAGCUCAAAGAGCUAGAAAAAACCCUUGCUUUGGCAAAAUCUUAACUGUAGCAUCAUUCUGAAAGACUGAAUUUCAGAGUUUCCAUGUGUAUCGUUGAGCUGAUUAGACUCAAUGAUGGGCAGUCUAAAAGCAAGUCAAACUGUUCAGUACCUGGGAGAAUGUCAGGACACGGAGCACGGCAGGUCAGAGCAAACAAAAGCACAUCAGAACAAUCGCCUUAACACUGAAAAACAUACCCUUGAAAAUGUUUUUGCAAAUGUUUUUGGAUAUGUCAGCAAUUCAAGUAGCAAAAACCAGUACAAGUGGUCAGCACGUACAAUCCUCAACAUCAUUAACCCUCUGGGAAAUGCAAAUUGAAACCACACUGAAACAGUAACUACCUCCACUGGAAUAAAUACAACUAAAACAGUUAGUAGCAAAUAUUGAUAAAGAUGUAGGGAAAUUGGACCCCUCAUAUGUGCUGUGGGAAUAUCAAAUGGCACAGCCACUCUGGAAAACAAACUGUCAGUUGCUUCAAAGAUUAAGUUACCACACAAGUCAGCAGUUUCCUCCUAGGUUUAUAACCAAGAGAACUGAAAAUCUUUCUAUAAAAAACUUGUACGAGAAUAUUCAUAGCAGCAUUAUUCAUAAUAGCCAAGAAGUAGAAGCAAUCCAGAGGCCCAUCAACUGAGAAAACGAUUAAAUACGAUGUCUGUAGAAUAUUAUUUAGCAAUAAAAAGGAAUGAAGUACGGAUAACAUGUCUGCUACACAUGGAUGAACCUGAGACCAGUCACAAAUGAUCACACGUUGUACGAUUCCAUUUAUAUGAAGUAUCUAAAAUAGGAAGAAAGAGGUGGUUGCCCAAGUCUGUGUGGAUAGCAUGGCAAGUAAUUGCUAAUGGAUAUGGGGUUUCUUUUCUGAGUGAUGAAAACAUUCUAAAGUUACAGUGGGGCUCCUGGUUGCAUAACUCUGAUUAUACUAAAGUCCAUUGAAUCGUAUAUUUUGCAUGUAUGAUAUAUGAAUUAUACUUCAGUAAAGGUUUUACG